UUCCAAAUGACUUUUGUACAGUACUGUGACUGGUACUGCAGUACCGUACCGUACCGUAUGGAUCGCGUCUAUCUGCUGUCACAAAGAUACUUUUUCAACGGAACACCCUUGCCGUGCUUGAAGAGACGGGAAGACACAAGCAAUCUAUUACCAUGCUGAAUCCAGCGGCAGUCCUUUGUUGACACAAUAUCUUUCUUUUGAAUCGAAUCUUCCUGUCACCAUGGCUUCUCAACUACAGCGGCUAGUCUAUCAUCAGAUGCUUCGAAGGGCUGCAUUGAAGUCGUCUCGCUCUGGGGAGGGUUAUUCUGCCUCGUUUCUCGGUGUGGCUGGGGUUCUCGGAUGCACUACUGCUUCAGUGAUUGCUUUGACAGACUCCGAAUCGAUUUCGUGGGAAAAUAAGAAGAGUCAGUCCAUCGACGACGACAACAACGACGACGACCAAAUAUCCAACGAUGGCGUUGGAAAGAACUGCAACCGAUCUUUGGCUGUAAUCUCGAAGAAGAAGAAGAAUGAUUCGCUACCCUUUUCGGUACCAACCCCAACAAUCGCCAUGCCUCGAAAUUGGACAACGGCUUGCGAGGCAACGUUUUCCCCUGGUGGCAGCCUGUUUGGCAGAGCCAGUCAGAUACGACGAACUUCUACUAUCCAGCAGUACAAGAGCGAGGUAGAAAAGGAGAGUCUUCGAAGCAUGUACAAAGUGGAGUGGAAGAAACCUCUCGGUCAAGGAGGGUUUGGAGCUGUCUACUCGGCCACAAAUCGCAAGACAGGGGGACAGGUUGCCUUGAAGCAAAUAUCAAAAAAGUACACCGACAAUGUUGGCUUUCAACGGGAAAUGGAGGCAUUUCUUCAUUUGCGAAGAGCGGGAGGACAUCCAAACAUUUGCGGUCUGCACGAGAAUUUCGACGAGGGCAAUUACUUCUAUUUCUCUUUGGAUCUGAUAUCAGGAGGCGAAAUGUUUGACCACUUAAUUGCACAUGGCGCCUAUUCCGAAGAGGAUGCAUCCCGUCUUAUUCGAGAGGUAGCGUCGGCAUUGGAUUUCUGUCAUGGAAUUGGAUUUGUUCAUGGGGAUAUGAAACCUGAAAACCUCAUGUUGAGCACACAAAACACCAGCGAUGCAGUAAUCAAACUGAUUGAUUUUGGAUGCGCACAAGUCACCAGAGGUCCCAACGAAAAACCUGGAGUGGUUGGGUUGACAACAGCGUACGCUUCUCCGGAACUGCUCAAGUUGCCUCCUGGUAAACGAAAACGAAUAGAUCCGCCUCUAGAUAUGUGGGCACUCGGAAUCAUCCUGCAUAUUAUGCUCGUUGGUUGCCAUCCAUUUGAUGUCGUGGGGGAUGCUACAGAUACAGAGAUUGCCCAACAGGUCAAAGCCCACGAAACGCCACCUUCAUUGGACGAAGACUCACCCAUGACAGCGCAUUUGUCAGACUCUGCCGUUGACUUAAUCAGACGUCUGUUGGCGUGGGACCCCAAAGACAGAAUCACUGCAUCCGAAAUGUUGCAGCAUCCUUGGGUCUUGGGUGAGACUGCUCGUAAGGAUAAAAUGUCGGGAUCCGACAAGAAACUGUCCAAGUUUAGAGUGUUCAAAAGUCGUCUCGAGGCCAAGGUCUUUGAAGAUAUUGUUUCGUGGGCGGAAUCUGCCGAUAACGAAGACGUUUCCAAAAGAACCUCGCUCAUUGAACGCUCUUUCCGCAUGCUGGAUGCAGAGCAAAAAGGGUUUGUCAGCGCCAAAGAUCUAAAGAAAUUGACCGGAUCUAAUGCUACAGACAUGGGGGAGUCCAGCGGGGACGACGCGUUGUCAUUGUCGGCAUUUUCGAACCUUCUGUCCGAGAACAUGAAGGACAGGUACUUUCCAAAGGGGAAGGUACUCUACAAGGAAGGAGAGAUUGGAAAUUCGAUGAUCUUUGUGAACAGCGGAAUGCUCGAGGUCACUACGAAGGAUGGAUACACGGUUGAAGUGAAGGCAGGGAACUUUGUCGGCGAAGGAGCCUUGGUCUCCCCUGACCGGACUCGCAAUGCUACGGUCAAGUGUCUGACACCAGUCCAUGCAAUCGAAGUUUCACGGGAGUACUUUGACAAGUUCCUCGCCGCAUCGGAGACUGGUCUGGCCUUGCAUAUGAGGGAGAAGGACAAGAAACGUGCAUUGAACAGAACUAAAAACAUCCUUCGAAGGCAGCAUGAGUUGAGACCGAUGAAUCUGAAGAAAGGUGAUAUUGUGUACCGACAAGGCGAAGAGGCCGACGCGAUGUACAUUGUAGAGGAUGGUUUGGUCGACAGCUUUGUCAAUGACCAAGUUAUUGCAACCACGAAACCUGGCGAAAUGUUUGCUGUGGGUUCUCUGAUUACUCGUCAAAACCGCAACGCAACAGCACUAUGCGCCACUGACAGCUGUCGAAUUCACACAAUGAAAGCACGCGACUUUUUUGAUCUCAUGGACUCAUCACCAAUCAUGAAGUCCAGUGUGACUGACAUUUUCAUGCGAAAAGAGUUUGCAAAGGCUGUUGCUUACAAAACGAAGAAAAAGUUUGAUACGAUGAGCACGGCUGAUUUAAAGGCGGUCUUUGACUCCAUUGACACGUCUGGAGACGGCUACUUGACACUCGACGAACUGCGAUCCCUGCUCUUGAGCAUGGACAAAAACGUUCCAGAGGAUGUCGUGGUAGGAAUCCUCAACAGCCUCGAUGUUGAUGCCAGCGGUGUAGUCGAUUUCGCUGAAUUUUGCCAGAUCUUUGGUACCAACGAGACGAAGCAACGGGCAUGAAGCUUUAUUGGGGUCAACGACGGCUCGCCGUGGAGAACCACGAACCGGUUUUGGCGUGCAGUGCGGACUGUCCCUGACCUGGGAAUGCUUUGUUUUGCUCCGAUGCGAUGCGUCACUAGCUAGCUAGUAGGCUAUGUGGCCCGCCAAUGAUACGACGGCCGCACAAAGUGCCCCGCUGCUCCUCGCUACCGAAGCACUUUCUUCGGGAACUGAGGUUAUGUGAAUUAGAGUCGAUCCAUAAGGUUUUCAGAUUUUAGUUCACAACGUCUUACGCGUACAUCCUUCAUCUGAUUUUUGGGCAUUAUGUGGUUGGAGUUUUGAUUUUGGAUCGCAAACACUAUAGCGAUCUAAGAAUAGAAUAAUCGGGGAAAAU